GACGCCCCUGCCCCGCACCGCGCGGACUGAUCGAUCAAUCUGUGACUGCACGGGACUCACACUUUAAUCGCACUUUGAGAAAACAUGGCUGAAAAACAUGUAAAACCCAACUUCAGUCCGGCCCAGGCCUCUGACAUAAUGAUGAGGCUGUAUGACCUCACCACCUCUCAGAUCCACCCCCUGCCCAGUUAUGAUGACCAGAACUUCUACGUCCGAUCCACAAAUGGAAAUGACUACGUUCUGAAAAUUAUGAACUCCGAAGACAGCAAAAACCAGUCCCUUAUUGAAGUCCAGACUUUUGCCAUGUCCUUCCUGCACGAGAAUGGUAUUCCAGCUCAAACUGCCACACCAGCAGUCACCGGACAGCUCAUGAGUCUUGAAGAAUUAGAUUGUGGCUUUGGCCGUCAGAACUAUCUUGUGCGACUGUUAAGUUAUUUACCUGGAAACACGAUCUCCAAAGCCCCCGUCACUCCACAGUUAUUAUUUGAGACUGGUAAGAUGGCAGCUAAAAUGGACAAAGUUCUGCAAAAGAUGGAUCAUCCUAAUAUCAGGGAAUUGGACAGAGAUGGAUUCAUUUGGAGUUUGUCAAACCUUCUUGCGUUAGAAAAAUAUAUGUAUGUAUUAGAUGGAGAGCCACUACAAGAGGUGGUCAAGUCAGUCAUCGAUCUCUACAAGACGACAGUGGUACCCAAUUACCUACAUUUCCGCAAAUGCAUAAAUCAUGGAGACUUCAAUGACCUCAAUGUGCUUGUCCAACCAAAUAACAGUGGCUGCUACAAAAUUUGUGGCAUCCUCGACUUUGGAGACAUGAACAGUGGAUUUUACAUUCAUGAGCUGGCUAUUACCAUAAUGUACAUGAUGAUAGAGCAUCCAAACCCCAUAGAGGUGGGAGGAGCAGUGCUGGCUGGAUGGGAGAGUGAACUUCCCUUAAAUGAGGCUGAAAGGGACUGUCUCUAUGUACUGGUUCUGUCCCGCUUCUGUCAGUCCCUGGUUUUAGCCCGAUAUUCGGUUCGUAUGCACCCGGAGAAUGAGGACUACCUGAUGGUAACGUCGAGGAAAGGUAUCCAUAUUCUUCAGGACAUCUGGAAAUUGGGUAAACAGCAUGUGGAGAAGGUUUGGUUCAACAGUGCAGCACAGUAUAGUAUAGUAGCUCAAAAUGAGACGGAGCUGUCAACUCUUUAGUAA